UUAAAACUGCCGUGAGAAAGAAAGAGAGGGAGAGGAUGAGUAGAAAACAGUGAGGGUUGAGUGGAUGUGUAAAAGCAGAGUGUGCGUGGAGUGUCCAAGUGCGCAAUCUUCCCCAGCCAUCAUUUCCCGCCUAACGCUCGCGGUAUAAGCGCGUGACGGAAUGCGCACGAGGGGGAAUCGUGGACGCUCAUCUGAUUCUGGGCUAAUUGGUGUCGUUCGUGUCCCGCUCGACUGACUCGAUCGAAACGACGAGGAAAGAGUGAAAAUAUCACAAAAUAACUGUUUUUCUUAUCUCCGCCAUCAAGCGAGGAGGCUCUUGGUUAUUUUGGAUAUAGGGCGGUUGAAAACAGCCGCUAUAGGAGUGACGGACACUCAGCUAUUCAAAGUUUAUUGAGGACGGUUUUUGCUUCUGAGGUGAUCGUCGUAUCACUCGCAAAAGAAAAGACGAUGGAGAAAGAUAUUGUGGGAUUUGUGAGUUUGUACUAUUUGGGACACCGAGAAAUGGAAUUCGCACUCCUUUUGUCAGUGCUGAAAAGGCUCUUUUGAUAAUCAUCUGUCGUUUUUCCAUUCAAAGUUUGCCUCAGAGAUUCUCGCUUCGUUAUACGUCUCGCGCUUGAGGGAUGUGGCACGCGAUUUGAGGAAAGAUUGACAGACGCCUUUCCAGUCGCUGUGUUUAGUCAGCCCGUUUAGUUCGGGUGGAGGUGGGGGGUUUCGUUUUUUUCCCGAACUCAUCACGUUAAGAUUAACACAGGCGUCUUUAAGAGGAUGCUGAAUGGUCAUUCAUGAACUUGUUGAACACGCAGCCCUCCGCGGGACCGCUCACAUCGAAAGCGAAUCUCAACAACAGUGCGGAUGCCAGGCUGCAACAGAGGAUGACUGACAGAAAGCAAAGCUGAGACAGCUGUCAGUCAACAUCCAGACAGAAAGGUGAUUCGUCAGUGUGUCAGAAGCCCUGCUCUGUCUUCAGUUCAACCGAUCGCUUCGUCUUCUCUUAUCUUUGCCGACACCCUUGCCUCUGCCCAACGGAGACAAUAAAAACCAGAGGUGGAGAUAGAAGCAUUUCGGUUUGCUCUCAGCCCUGCCAACCUCACCAACAGGAAGCUGGCAUGCGACCACACCCCCUCUGGCCCACACUCAAUAAAAAUUGGAUUAUUUUAUAAAGCAGGCCUGCAUCCUCUUCUUCGCCUCUCUCUUUUGCUAUACCUGACGUCUUUGAGAGGAAAGGAGCGGACGGAUACUUUACACUACAGUGAAUAAUCUAUUUGAAGUGCGGCCCACCUAAAGGAAGCAGCCAUGCAUUUGCCGCUCCUGUUGACACUGCAAGCGUCAUGGCUGACAGUGUGUCAGGCCACGCAACACUAUCCCACAACCUGGGGACACUACGACUUGUGCAAGUCUCAUGGGUACACGGACGAGGGCCCGACCUGGUAUUACAUGGCCUGUCAACCAGAAGCAGCAGACAUGACCAAGUACCUAAAAGUAACCCUCGAUCCCCCCAACAUCACCUGCGGAGACCCACCAGAGACCUACUGCGCCCUGGAAAACCCCUACAUGUGCAACAAUGAAUGUGACGCGGCCACAGACGAGCUGGCUCAUCCCCCAGAGCUCAUGUUUGACUUCGAGGGUCGCAACCCCACCACCUUCUGGCAGUCCACCUCCUGGAGAAAAUACCCCAAACCUCUGGCGGUCAACAUAACACUUUCCUGGAACAAGACCAUCGAGCUGACCGAUGACAUUGUCUUCACGUUUGAAUCGGGUCGGCCGGAGCAGAUGGUUCUGGAGAAGUCUCUGGACUAUGGACGUACCUGGCAGCCCUACCAGUUCUAUGCUACCGACUGCCUUGACGCUUUCACUAUGGAGCCUAAGACAGUCAGAGACAUUACCCAACACACACUGCUAGACAUUAUCUGCACCGAGGAAUAUUCCAGAGGCUACGUGUGGAAGAAUGACAAGACCGUACGCUUCGAAGUCAAAGACCGUUUCGCGCUGUUUGCCGGGCCCAAGCUGCACAAUAUGGCCUCGCUGUAUGGACAACUGGACACCACCAAGAACCUGAGAGACUUUUUCACCAUCACCGACCUGCGCGUACGUCUCCUCAGACCUGCCACUGGCGCCACCAUGGUGGACGAGAACAACCUUUCGAGAUACUUCUAUGCCAUCUCUGACAUUAAAGUACAUGGCAGGUGCAAGUGCAACCUUCACGCCAACAGCUGCAUCUUUGACAAAGAGAAACUGACUUGCGAGUGCGAGCACAACACCACGGGGCCCGACUGCGGCCGCUGUAAGAGGAAUUAUCAGGCCAGAGCUUGGAGCGCUGGAUCCUAUCUUCCUAUCCCCAAGGGCACAGCAAAUAUCUGUCUGCCAAAUAGCGUCGGCCCAGUUAACUGCGAAUGCUUCAGUCACUCCAAUCGCUGCAGUUACAUCGAGGUGCUGAACACCGUCAUUUGCGUGGGCUGUAAGCACAACACUAGGGGGCAGCACUGCCAGCUGUGCAAGCUUGGAUACUACCGCAAUGCCUCGGCAGAGCUGGACGAUGUGAAUGUUUGCAUAGUGAUCUAUUUGAGUGACGUCUCCCCAAGAGGAGAUAACAGCCAUGCAAUCUGUCAACACUUCCCAAUACUGACGAGACCCUAGCCGAGCAUCAGACCGCCCAUGUUCCCGGAUUCCUCAUGGUGACAUAUGGAGCUACAAUAAAAUCACAUCUGAGAGUCGACUAUGAUGCGUCAUAAACUCUCUGAACAGACUGUGAGUACAGCUCAGAAGUUACAAACAGACACUGCUCAAAAAUGGUAACUCUUUCUCUCCUACACUUGGAAAAUUACCACUCAGUCAGCUUACUAGAAGGUUUUCAUGAUCCACAAAGCCAGAAACAGACAGAUGCCGUCUACUCAAGUACGCAAAUUCUGACGCGCAUGUUUGCCGAUGGCUGGCAAGCAUGAUAUUAUAGGGCAGCAGGAUAAUGGGUAAAAUAAUAAUAAUUAAAAUUUGAAUCGCAAUUAAUAAUCACAAUUAUUUUGUCACUUUGAUAACCGCAAUUUUGCUCAUAAUUUUCAUCACGAUUAAUAAUCACGAUUAUUCUGACAUUUUGCUAAUCACAAUUUUGCUCACAUUUUUCAUCACGGUUAAAAAUCACGAUAAUUCUGACACUUUGGUAUUCGCAAUUUCGAUCGAAAUUUUCAUUGCGGUUAAUAAUCACGGUUAUUUUGCCAUUUUGUUAAUCACACAUUUGCUCAAAAUUUUCAUCACAAUUAAUAAUCACGAUUAUUCUGACCUUUUGGUGAUCACAAUUUUGCUCAAAUUUUCAUCACGAUUAAUAAUCACGAUUAUUCUGACCUUUUGGUGAUCACAAUUUUGCUCAAAAUUUUCAUCACGAUUGUAUACUGUAUAACUUUUUAUUUUAGCAUAUUUAUUACACUUUACAGCCAUCUGAUGCCUGUUAUAAUCUUCUGCCGCUGAACUUAUGUGACACUGUUUUAAAAAGUGCGCUAUAAUCCAUACACUUGACUUCAAACAUGAAAAAAUAUAUAAUGAUAUGUUUUGUGCAUGCGGUUAACACAUAACACAUAAAUCGCGCUGCCCUAUGAUAUCCUGUUGUACAAACUUAACGUGGUUUUUUUUCGUUGUUGUGACUGUAACAAGUACUUAGUACUCAAGCCAGUUACACAGUUAUCUUCAAAUGUCUAUGCUAUUAAACCAGCUAGCUAGCAAUAAACAACCUUAUACUUUCAACUUCGUCGGCUUUGUGGUUAGUGCUCCGACAUGUGGCGCAGUUGCGCAUCGGGCGACCCGAGUUCGAGUCCCCUUCUCUCUCCCACGUCACUUCCUGUCCUCUCUCACACUGCACUGUUAAAAUAAUAAAUGCAAAAAGGCCAAAAAUAACUUUUUAAAAUUUAAAUAACUUCAGCGAGAUUUCAUUCAAAUUGUUGUGCAACCAAGUCUUUUUUACCUGCAAUGGAAAACCGACCAUCGAAAACAUCAUCGUCCCUAUCAGCAAAGUUGAGAAUACAACAUACACACUUGCGUUGCAUUAUGAAAUGCAUUCCGAUGCAUUUCUGAAUGCAACAGCAUGUGAAGUCAAGAAGCAUACAAGUUUUUUUGGGCCCUAAAUAGGAGUGUGAAAAACGCUCUUUGUCGAACACAACAAGAAAUGCGACACCUGAGAACAAGUGUGAACUCUCGAAACAGACGCUUUGAGGUCUCAAAUAGAGCAUGAAACGGCUCGAAACACUUCUAAGAAGAAACACUGCUGCCAUAGCAACCACCCCGGCGACCGUAGCCACAUCACAACAAUGUCAUGUCUACAGCUAUGUUUAAAAACAUCAUUAGAGACAUUAUGAAUCACUGUUUAUACUCAAAGUGAGAUAAAAUGAUAAACCGUUGGUAGCUUUUGUGUUAUGGAGUACAAGUGUGUUUUUGUUAUUUGUAUUAGAAUCUGUGCUUGUUAGA